CUAUAUAAUAAUCAAUUCCACGCCCCCUCAAAAACCAAAAAACCUCUGUAUCCCUAAAAAUAUCUCUCAUUUUUUCACUUUCAUUCAAUUUAACUCUUUGUAUCGCUUAAUGGCUUUCGGAUUUACUUACAAUUCGCCUGUCGGAAAAUGGCUUGGCUUUGUCGCCGCUGUAUGGGUACAAGCCAUUUCCGGCAACAAUUACACUUUCUCUAACUAUUCCGAUGCACUAAAGUCCUUAAUGGCUUUAACUCAGCUUCAAUUAAACAACCUUUCUGUCGCUAAGGAUGUCGGAAAAGCUUUCGGAAUACUCGCCGGACUUGCUUCCGACAGGUUAUCAACUCCAGUUAUUCUUUUAAUUGGUGGAAUUGAAGGUUUUAUUGGUUAUGGUGUUCAAUGGUUAGUCGUUAGUGGUAUUAUUAAACCAUUACCAUACUGGAUCAUGUGUAUAUUUUUAUGCAUGGGUGGUAAUAGUACUACAUGGAUGAAUACUGCUAUUUUAGUUACGUGUAUAAGGAAUUUCAGGAAAAAUAGAGGACCUGUUACGGGAAUUUUAAAAGGUUAUGUGGGUUUAAGUACUGCUAUUUUCACUGAUAUUUGUUCAGCUUUAUUUGCAAGUGACCCCUCAACUUUUCUACUCCUGCUCGCUGUAGUCCCUUUUUCUGUUUGUUUAGCAGCGAUUGUGUUUCUACGUGAAAUUCCACCUUCCUCAACUUCCGUUGAAGAAAAAGAAGAAGUCAAAUACUUCGGUGUUAUUAACGUUAUUGCCGUUGUAAUAGCGGUUUAUUUGUUAAUAUUUGACAUUUCCGCCCCUCAUGGACGAAUUUUCUCACAAAUUUUUGCUGCUAUACUUUUAGUCCUGUUAGGUUCACCUUUGUUAAUUCCUAUUUACCUUAUGGUAAAAAAAUCUAUCCGUGGUAAUUCAGAGAACUUAGAUGUUGAAGGGAGUAAUAAUAUUGUAGAGCCGUUAUUACUGGGGGAAGAAACAGUUAAAAAGGAGGUUGUUGUAGUGGAGGAACAUGCGGUGGCAGUUGUGGAGGUGGAUGAGGAGAAGGAGCCACUUGUUAUUGGAGAAGAUCAUACUAUUUUCGAGGCGAUGAGGACUUUGGAUUUUUGGAUCUUGUUUGUUUCAUUUCUAUGUGGAGUGGGAACAGGUUUGACUGUGAUGAAUAAUUUGGGACAAAUGGGAUUAGCUUUGGGAUAUGUUGAUGUUUCUAUUUUCGUCUCACUUACCAGCAUUUGGGGAUUUUUUGGUCGUAUUGUUUCUGGCUCUGUUUCAGAAUACUUCAUCAAGAAAGCUGCAGUGCCAAGGCCAAUAUGGAAUGCGGCUUCACAGAUUCUGAUGGCUGUAGGAUACAUCUUACUGGCAAUGGCUAUGCCAGGAUCACUCUACAUUGGCUCGAUCGUCGUUGGAAUUUGCUAUGGUGUUCGUCUAGCUAUCUCUGUUCCAACUGCUUCCGAACUCUUUGGUCUCAAAUAUUAUGGUCUCAUUUAUAAUGUCCUAAUACUCAACCUUCCACUUGGCUCAUUUCUCUUCUCCGGUUUGCUUGCGGGUCUGUUGUAUGACUCGCAGGCUACAAAGACAGCUGGUGGUGGCAACACUUGUGUUGGCGCUCACUGCUACAGGCUUGUGUUUAUAGUUAUGUCUAUAGCUUGCAUCGUCGGGUUCGCGCUGGAUAUUUUGCUAACGAUUAGAACCAAGAACUUAUAUGCUAGGAUUUAUGCAAGCAGGAAAGCAAAGAAGACUAGUACUGUAUUGUCUUAAUGAAUAUGGUUGAUUCUCUUUGGGUACUUCUUGUUGUGAGGGCAAAUGGGAGGAUUGAUAGGUAAAUGUUAAUUACCUGAUGAUACCCUUACACUUGCUUGUGCAAUUUUGAAAAUUCAUUGUGUUUGAUUAGUGAGAAUUCGUUACUUGUAUUGAGUAAAUAUGAAUUCUUUGUACGA